AUGGGAUUUUAUUGGAUUAGUUCGGAAACCGUAUCAUUAAAAAAAGGUCGAGGAAAUUUGCCUAAAUCUAAAUCGAAAUCUACAUCGAACGAGGGACAACCAAUCGAUGUGAUUAUUUGCAACAGCACAUCAUAUGUUGAAUUAUUAUAUUUAACUUUCAGAUACGAUCCAAUAUUUACCCAGAUCUAUUCUUCCACCAAUGAAUUACGGCCAAUAUCAUUAUGGAAAGCAAUUAAUCAGAUAAGCUCUUAUCCGGAACUUGAACCAUCAUCUUCAGGCAUUAAAACACUUGAAUUUUCAAGACUGAUCAAUGAUGAUUAUAUUAAAAAUUCAAAAAGACCAAUUGUUAUUUUUCCAGAAGGAACUACAUCGAAUGGAAAAGCGUUAUUAAAAUUUAUUCCAAUAUUUAGAGAUUUAACUUUGCCAUCGAUAAAGAAUAUCAUCAAUAUUCAUAUUAUUUCAGUAAGAUAUGAUUAUAAUAAUUUUUCACCAACUAUUCCUGUUGGUAAUAAACUUUGGCAUUUAGCAAGACUUUGUGGCGAGUUUAAAAAUACAUUAAAAGUCAGAUUUUUAAAUCCAGAAGAAUCGCCAUCUUCGCCCAACUUUAACGAAUCAUCGACACUCUCACAAUCAGCGUCUUCUUCAAUAUUAAAACAACAACAAUACAAACAAGACGAAGAAAUAGAUAAAGUUGGAUUCCAAAUUAUAAAUUUGUUGGGACAAUUAAGUAGAUUUCGUAAAACUAAUUUGGGUGUAGAAGAUAAAAAACAAUUUUUAGACUAUUAUUAUGGUCGAAAAUAUUAA